CUGUGCAAACUCAUAUAUAUACUUGUCAUUAUUAUCACACUUUCACUGCUUCACGUAAACCAUGAGUUUUGUCUUGUUCAUCCUUAUGACAAGCAUUAGCUUAGCUAGAUCUAGAUCUGUUUGAAUACAAUUCAAUUGUUCCUCCGAAGGUAUAGAUCUAGUUAUUUCAUUUUGAACUCUUCCCUCCCCCUUUCUGAACGACUGAUUUGAAAUGGUGUAGGUGACUCCAUACUCUAUUCAACACCCUGUCUCUAAGUGGAAACAAAAAAAUGAUAUUCAGAUAUUUCUAAACAGAUACGACUUUUACUCUUAGAAAAAAAUGGAAACAUGUUUGUGAGCUGAUAAAAUUCAGCAGUUUUAUACACGGGCUUUUGUCCAACAAUAAUAGGUAGAUCUAGAUCUACACUAAUCUACAUGCUUUUUUUGACUGCGUUCUACGACUGUAUUUCAUUUUAUCACAUGUGUAAAUAUAGCACAUGGAAUGGCAUGGGUAUGUAAAGAACUAGAUUCUUUAUAACAUGAGUAAUAAUUAAUUAAUGUAAUUUGUAUAUUUUAAUCGCACAAUGUGCAUUUCGAUCAUGCGCUCAAAUAAUAAUUUUAACCUUAGUGUUAAAUUUUGUAAGUCCUAUUUAUUUAGUUUAUACUGUAAAAUUGGACCAGGUGUUGUUGUUUUUUUUUUGGGAGGGGGGUAACUCAAUAAGCCUACACUAAGUUUGUUAGCGCAUUCACAUAACUCAGAUAAUAUAUUCUCGAGACAUUUAUUUUGCCUAGGUCUUGUCUAGUCUACGAUUGAGCUUUUCUGCUCUACACAAGGCCAGCCGCAAUCUUGAGCACACGCUAAAUACAAAGAGAAGUAAAUUAGUGUGUUCUAUUGCGAACGCACAACACUUGAAGGCGUGUUUAGCUUCAAAUAAUACUGUUUUUUAUAUGCAAGUUCAGUGUUGUAUUGAUGAGGAAGCUCCAUUCGAAGUUGAUGGGAAUAAUAAAGUGCACAAUGUAAACCUUCAACGGGAGUCCAACGUCCCAUCGGAGGAUGACUUAAAAAAAACAGCGCCCAUUUUGUCCAGAAUUAAACCCAGUAACAAUGGACAACCAGAUGGUGGCACUGGAGAUGGCAAUAACAACACAGACUCUGAUGGCGACACGACAGAUGGCGCUCCACCUCAUCUAGAAGCUGAUAAAAUCCAGAAUGAGAAUGCUGGAGCUAAAAGAAAACAUAUCCAAUCCCGGCGGAUGAAAGAGUACCAACAACAGUUAACCACCAACAGCAGUAAUCGACAGGAAAGAACAUGUCAUGUCUGUGGGCGUGUAUAUACCUCUGGUCCUGGUUUUCGCUACCAUGUCAAAAUGCAUUCUCCCAAUAUUGAAAGCUUUACCUGUCAUUUGUGUAAUAAAACCUUUAAAAGCGCCAACGGACUAAAAUAUCACAAGAAAAGGAAGAGAUGUCGAGGUGGCCAUCCUUCAACCACAGCUGGUUCCUCUUCAGCAGGGAGCUCGUCCAAACUGGAUAGCAUAGCUCAUGAACGUUUAUUGUAUCUAGCCAACAUUGCCACAGGCCCUCAGAGUCCACUUCUGCAAGGGUCAGGAGAGAGAAGCAGCUCAACUUUCUUCAAUGAUUCUGAAACAUCAGCAGUUAUGGCACUCAGUAGUAUGAAAAAGAAAUGUUGUGAUGUGAAGAAAGCUGACAAGCCCACCACUAGCCUUCAUCCCCCAGAAUCCCAGAAACCAAAGAGACCAAUGAAUGGCUUUAUGUUAUUUGCUCAGCGUUACAGGGCGGAGUUAAAUAAAAAACACCCUGACAUGAAUAACAGGAUGAUAAGCGGUAAACUGAGUGAGUUGUGGAAAAAAUUACAAGAAAAUGAACGUCAGCACUGGAAAGAAGAAGCUCGUUUGAAAGCUGAACAGUUUCAGAAAGUUUACCCCAACUGUUGGAAAAGAAAAAAAUAGAUUAGCCAAGGACAAAUCAUGAAAGUAUUUCCCAAGCUCGUUAAAGAUUUAUAAACAAAAAAAAAUUCAAUUUUAACUUGAAGGUUGUGACAAUAUGGAAAAAAAACUGAAAUGGAUUCUCUGCAUCAACGCUGUGUGUUUGACAUUGUUAUAGAGCUGAACAUUGACUUGAACAUCUGACCACAUUGAAGUUGCUAGUGAUAUUGAGCAUGGGCAUCCCAUGAAAAUAUCUGUUUGUAUUUGUUAGAGCAUCCAUUCAUUCUUUUUUUUAAAUUUGGAUAGAAAAGUUUUAUACUUAAUAUUAAUCAGCAUUGUUCUGGGGCUUGAAUUCAUGCAUCUUUUUCUUUGAAAAAAAUAUCUGUCAGUUAGACUUGAUGAUUUGCUACGCAGUGUCAAAAAAGCGCUUCCUCUCUGUCUUUCUUUAGACAGCUUACUCAGUGCCCAGGAUUAGCAGCCAUCAAACAUUACUAAAGACAGGUGUGAUUUUGUCCAGCCAACUUCUUUCACCAUGGAUUCUAUUGAAUCUGUUAUUUAUCUGUUCAAACCUGAGUCUUGAGCUUUAUAGCUCUCCUCUGCCCACAUACAUCACAGGUAGCACUGCAUGGGUGUAAGAGGAGUCAGUCUCAUUUAGCUUAUUUAUUCUGAAAUAUUAGUCACAAAUGGAAUAGGGUGUUAGAGAAGUCUUUUUUUUUUUGUUUUCAUUUCACUUGUUUAUUCUGAAAUUAUAUUCACAAUUGGAAUGAGGAUACAUAAUUAAAUGAUACUUAUCUAUUUUGAGAUCAAAUCUUUAUUAUUUAACAAUAAUUGAAGCUCAACAUCUACAUGAUCUAGGAUCCCCAGGAAGAACUAAUGGUUUAAAGUGAAAUGGUACAGUGGCAUGUUAAACAGUUCUAGUGGAUGUUAUGAAGCUAACUCCACGACCAUACUCUUUAAUUACUCUCAUAUGUGACACUAAUACCCUUUUAUAUGAAACUGUGAAAUGGGGAAGGGGCAGUUGUUUUUUUAAAGACUGGAAAAUUUCUUCAAAAUACCAUUGUGAAAAAAAAAAUUCUGUGUAUUUACAAUUUUUUUGUUACUGUUGCCAUUCUCUGUUGAACUCAACAGUAUGAGUUAACAAAAACAAAAUUUAGAAACAGAUUUUUAUUUCCCCCCCCCCCAUCCCUUUUUUUUUUCCUUUCUAAAAUUACUUUGGUAGAUGCUUUCUAUUUCCUGAUUUCUACACUUGAUAUGAUUGGCUUCUGAUCUGUAUCCUUGCCUGGGAUAUGGAUUAUUUCUUGCACUUCUAUGUACAUUAAUGAUUAGUGCAAAAGUCUGAGGCUUAUAGUACCUUAAUACCUAUCCAUUCUAAUUUUUUUUAGAUGUAACAGUGGAGCACUCUAUAUCCCUUCACCUAUCCCUUAAUCUAUUGGGGCAACACAUAAGAUUUGCCUUUCUCCUAAAUCCCAAACUUUCCAAAUCUCAAUACUCAACACAGGACAGCAUUUGUUGACUGUUUUUAAUGAUGCAACUACUAUCUUGUACUGAAGUUGAAGUCUGUUUCUAGCCAGUCUCAGUAAUUACUGUUUUCACAUGGCACCUGUUUUAGCAGAAAAAUUUUAUUAUCCUAUUAGCUGAUUUAUUUUUUUUUGUUU